GUCCGGCGGCUGUGCGUAAACACCAGUGUAGGCAGGGGGAGAAGUUGGCUGGCGGUGGUGAAGAUGGCGGAUGGAGACAGCGGGAGUGAGCGCGGUGGUGGAGGCAGUAGUGGCGGCGGCGGCUUCUCGCAGUUCCAGCGUGAACAAGAGACGCAGGAAUUGGCGUCGAAGCGCCUCGACAUCCAGAACAAACGUUUUUACCUGGACGUCAAGCAAAACUCCAAGGGCCGCUUCAUUAAGAUCGCUGAGGUCGGCGCCGGUGGCUCGAAAAGUCGCUUGACCCUUUCUAUGUCCGUUGCGGCGGAGUUCCGUGACUACCUCGGCGAUUUUAUCGAGCAUUACGCCCAGCUUGGGCCCAGUAGCCCCGAGCAGAUCGCUCAGUCCUCAGGGGGAGGCCCAGGAGACGACGGCGGCCCUCGGCGGGCUCUCAAAAGCGAGUUCUUGGUGCGUGAGAACCGUAAAUACUACCUAGAUUUGAAGGAGAAUCAGCGCGGCAGGUUCCUGCGCAUCCGACAGACCGUGAAUCGAGGGCCGGGCUUCGGUCUCGGAGGCCCCGGCGGCGGCGGAGCGCAAGCGGGCCAAACGAUUGCACUACCCGCGCAGGGUUUAAUCGAGUUCCGCGACGCGCUCGCUAAACUCAUCGACGAUUACGGUGGAGACGACGAGGAGCUAAGCGGCGGUGCCGGGGCCGGCUCGGUCUCAGGCGGUUACAGCGAGCUGCCUGAAGGCACCUCCAUCAUGGUGGACUCCAAGCGCUUCUUCUUCGACGUCGGUGCCAACAAGUACGGCGUGUUUCUGCGCGUGAGCGAAGUGAAACCCAGCUACCGGAACUCCAUCACGAUUCCGUUCAAAGCCUGGAGUAAGUUCGGCGGCGCCUUCUGCCGCUACGCCGAGGAGAUGAAGGAGAUCCAGGAGAGACAGCGCGAUAAAAUGUACGAGCGGAGAGACGAGUCCGAGGGGGAGGACGUGGAUGACGACUGAUGCUGCAAAAAAGUUAAAUAAAUCAGAUCUGAACUCUUAUGAGGUGAACACUCCAGUCCUGCUGGUGCUUGACUAUCCUGUAACCUCAGACUGCCUCUAAAAGACCACAAACUGGGUGGCUAUCCAUUUCUCUGUGGGUGCUCACUUUUUCAAGUGGAGAUCUAUAUUUAGAAAAUGCUAUGUAUGUUUGUACCAGAAUAAAGAAACUUAUAAUUGAUGGUAAAUGA